ACUCCAAAAGAACUUAGGCAGCAGGGGAAGAGCAAUUAAUAACACGAUGAUUAUCAAUCCAAGGUCUAGUAGUAUGAUUACUCACCUGGGAAUGCGAUCAAUGAUCGCCACUAUUAAGUUCGUGGUGUCUCUUUUGCAACAGUUUUUCCGGUACCAACUCCAAGGCACUGUAGAGAGAUACUGCCAGAGGGCUCUCUACAUGGUCUACCCGUACGUCACGAUCACUUUCAAUGAACUCAAGACCAACCGGCUAUCUCGCCCUGAACUCUACUCCGCCAUUGAGAGCUAUCUCAGCUCCCAUUCAUCCACGCAAGCCAAGCGGCUGAAGGGCGAGUUACUCAAUAACAACUUGUCCAAGGUGGUGCUUAGCGCAGACGAGCAUGAAGAGAUCACAGAUGAGUUUCAAGGGGUCAAGCUAUGGUGGGUAUCCGGGAAGACCAUCGCCAACACCGUAACACUUUCUGCCCAAAAUGAUGAGAAAAGGUAUUACACGCUGACUUUCCACAAGAAGCACAGGGAUCUCGUCGUUGGACCAUAUUUGAGCUAUAUCAUGAAGGAAGGAAAAGCAAUUAAAGUUAGAAACCGGCAGCGGAAGCUUUUUACUAACAAUGGUCCACAGUGGAGAUAUGUAAUGCUUGAGCAUCCUGCAACAUUCGAAAACCUUGCGCUGGAGGCAGACAAGAAGAAGGAAAUUCUUGAAGACUUGAUCACGUUUAGCCAAGCGGGAGAGUACUAUGCGAGAAUAGGAAGAGCUUGGAAGAGGGGUUACCUUUUGUAUGGUCCUCCAGGGACUGGGAAGUCCACCAUGAUCGCAGCCAUAGCCAAUCUUCUCAGCUAUGAUAUCUUCGACCUUGAAUUGACAUCCGUGAAGGAUAAUGCCGAGCUGAGGAAGCUUCUAAUUGAGACAACGAGCAAAUCUGUGGUUGUGAUUGAGGACAUUGAUUGUUCUCUGGACCUCACUGGUCAGCGGAGGCAGCAAGCAGAGGUUGCGAAACAGAAACCAACGAGGGAAGACAGUGAGCCCAAACUAAGCUUAGUCACCCUUUCGGGACUUUUGAACUGCAUUGAUGGGCUAUGGUCAGCUUGCGGAGGAGAAAGACUGAUCAUUUUCACGACCAAUUAUGUCGAGAAACUCGAUCCAGCUCUCAUCAGGAAAGGAAGAAUGGAUAAACACAUUAAACUUUCAUACUGCAGCUUCGAUGCGUUCAAAGGGUUGGCAAAGAAUUACCUUCUGCUAGAUGAUCACCAACUCUUUGACAAGAUUCGCCAGUUACUGCAACAAACUCAGAUUACCCCGGCUGAUGUUGCAGAGCAUUUGAUGCCCAAAACUCACCCCCCGGAUCCUGAGGUGUGCUUGAAUAGUCUGGUGAGGAGCCUUCAAGCGGCUGCAGUGAAUGCGAGACCCAAAGCUGCUGCAGCCAAUGCGAGACCGAAAGCAGAUGCAGUGAAUGUGAGACCGGAAUCGUUGAAAGAACUACAUCAGGAGACUGCUGCAGUGAAUGUGAGACCAGAAGAGGCGAAAGAACUGCAUCAGGAGAAAGAAACCACUGUGUGUUCAAAAAAAAGGAAAGGAAUCACUGACCUUGAAGAAACAAAAGAAGUAAACAAGGGAAGCACCGGACAAAAAGGAAUGACACCCCAACCAGGAUUCACGGGUAUUCUAACUGACCCUGUCCGAUCAAUGCAGGUAAUGCCUGCUUUGCCCGGAUAUGGGUACGGGUAUUAUCCGGUGCAAAUUUUGGCGGGUAGGGUAGGGUAUGCGUUGGGUCAAUACCCGAUUCAGACUGUACCAAUACCCGUAUCCGCUCCCAAAACCAUGUAAUUAAGCAGCACAUGUAGUUUCUUAUCUCUUACUGCCCAUUGUCUGCCAUUCUGAAAGUGUAGUUGACAUGCAUAUGGCAUUGCAAUUAAAAACGUAAGGAUGUGGGCCUCCUAACUUAGAAAUGCCAUUUGCAAUAACAUGACAGUUCUUUCAUUUUACUGAUUAAUUUCGUUUAGUUAAUUUUAUGCAUAUGAUUCUAAGUUACACUCGAUGAGCAUGGUUAAACUCUGGGUUUGUUGAAUAUUAUUUUUGGGAUCUGGUCAGCAAGUGGAGGGGAGAGGUAAUAAAAUUUACGAAGAACCAUGUUGAGAUGCUGGACAAAGCAUUGAUCAGGGGAGGAAGGAUAGAUAAGCAUAACGGAGCUUUGUAACUAUGAUUUAAAAUGGUUUAAGGUUCUUGCUAAGAACUACCCUAGCGUUGACACUUGACAAUCACCCCACUGUUUGAGGUCGUUCGAGGUCUACUCGAGAAGACCAAGAGUAGCCCUGCUGAUGUAGCUGAUAGUUUGAUGCAGAAGGCUGUUAAAGAACAUGCCGAAAUUUGCCUGAAUAGGUUCACAACCAUGACCUCAACAGGCUGCCAAGUUAGAAAGGGGACGAAUGAAGCAGAUAAAUAAGAUGAGGUAUUAAUGAUUGAACAAAAGAGAUGAAUGGUUGGAUGAGGUAUGUUUGGCAUCAAUAGUUUAUGAUCAUAUUUUUGGUUAAGUAUUGUGAGUGUUUUGAAACUACAGAAACCUAAUGCUGGCUUUAUUCAUUUAGGAUUCUUUAGUCAGCUAAAACUAAUACCGGCAAAACAGUUCGAUUUGGUUAAUCUCGAAACCGGAAAUGUUUUAUAGCACUUUCUCUUAAAAGGAUAAUGAUUAAGCAAAACCGUUAAAGGAUCUCGAACAGUUUGGUUUUGGUCAGGAGCAAGUGAAACCGUCUAACGGUUUGGCACAGGUAUGCAAAUAUAAUUCACUCUCAGGCACGAAGUGUUUCGGCUUACAUAGUUUCUAGUACUUUUGUGGUUUCGACAGAACUGAUUAGCACAUAAAUGAUUGAAGCCUAUAAGAAAGCCAAUAAGGGUACCUAACCUAACUGGUCCAAUUUUCAGUUUAACAAGAAAAUCAAAAGCGGUUUAGCGCCCCCAGCUAAAACACGAUCAUCUUGUCUAAUUUUGUUCUGAAUUAAUAAUACUCUAAUUCUUGAUUUGCCCUUAAUGUUAGAGGGAGCUUAUCGUCCUAAUGUUAAUAGAAAAAAGUGACUAGUCCUUAUCAGAGUACAAUUCACCAUAGAGAUAGAAUUCCUCUAUGGUUCAAGAAUACAGUAAGUCAGUAACC